AACAAAAGGCAACCCACCCGAGUCUGAAAGCAUAUAUACACUUUCAGAACAAGCAGGGGCUGGGGGAAGGGGGAAGAAGAAAACCCAGAAUCAAAUCAAAAGGUAAAAAAGUAGAAGUAUACGCAGAAGAGGUGGUUCAAGUUCAAUGGCUGAGAAGAAGGAAAUGAUUCCCAAACAAUAUGACAUCGAUGCCAAAUGGGACGCCUGCAUUGAUCUCACCGUCCGUCGCUUCGUCUACUCCGCAUCUGCCGGUGCAUUUGGCGGUCUCCUAUUUUUUAGGAGUCCUGUUACUCGAUGGGCAUCUAUUGCUUUUGGCGCUGGAGUUGGAAUUGGAUCUGCAUAUGCAGAAUGUUCUCGUCUGUUUGAUGGACCUCCAACAAAUUUACCCCUACCUAAGGUCUCUGAAACUGCUACUCAGAAUGUGCCGGAUUCUGAGUAGAAGCUACAACGGAUCCUGGUUCCUGGUUCCUGGACAGUGGUGAAUCAGAAUUUUCUUUUGAUUGUUGAUGGUUCCAUACAGCAUUAUUGCUCUUCAAAAUGUUGCACUACCAUAAUUUCGUAAAUGAACAUGACGUAUAUUUUAUUCCCAAGCUUUUACGCUUUUGAUCUCCUGUGAUCUUACGCAAUGUUUAUGUUGAGAAGGAUUGGAAAAGCCAAGGAACCUUUCUUCAGUUGCGAUUUUGUAUUCGCUCUACUUUGAAUCCGAUUUAAGUAUAUUCUAAAAUCGGAUUGGUGAGUUAACUGACAAUUUUCAGGCAA